AUGGCGGCCGACACGCGCACCGUGGGCGUCACUCUGGGGAUCGACAUGGCAAUCGCCCUGGGGUGCUUCAGCGUCUUCAGCCUCCUGCGCGUGGCGCGUUGGAGCAGGCGCUGGUACGCCCCCAGCCGCUUCCGCACCGCGGACGACGCAAUGGCCGUCGCCGUCGGCCCGCCCGGCCACCCGCCGCCCGGCACGCCGCAGCCGCCGCCGCUGCCGCUGACGCUGCUCACGUGGGUCUGGCCCCUACUGCGGCUGCGGGAGGCGGAGGUGCUGCGCGCCACGGGGGGGCUGGACGUGGCCAUGUACCUCAGAGUCAUCCGCUUCGGCCUGACCUUCUUCAGCUGGGUGACCUUGUGGUGCGUGGGCGUCGUGCUCCCGGUGAACUUCACGGGCGGCAACCUGGACAGCGUGCUGGACGCAAACGGCGACGGCGCGGUGGACGCGCCGCCCCAGAUCAAGCUGGGGCCGGGGCUCACGCUGGACGACCUGGCGCAGAACGUCAAGAACAACACCUACGUGUUUUCGAGCCUUGACAAGCUCAGCAUGGCCAACGUGGCGCCGGGGGACAGGCGGCUGUGGGUGCACCUAGUCUCGGUCUACGUCGUCAGCAUCAUAGCCAUGCGGCUGCUGUGGCGGUACUCGACUGAGGCGGUGGAGCUGCGGUACAGGUACCUGGCAGCCGCGUCCCCGGGCGCCGCCAGCCGCACUGUGCUAGUCACGGACAUCCCCGGCCUGCCGCAGGGCACCAUACUCAACCGCGCUCUGCAGGUCGUCAACGGCAUUUUUGGCUGGGCGAUCCCCGGCCCCUGGAAGCGGCGCGUCCGGGAGUCCUGGGAGCGCGCGUUUGGCGUUGCGUACUUACGCAAGGCGCCCUCCGACGACAGCGGCAGCGGCGGCCUCCAUGCUGAGCUGGCGCCCGGGCCGGUCGCGGAGGGGCGGUCGGGGCAGCCGGGCGCUGAUGACCCCGCGGCCGCGGCGGCGGGCGGGAGCGGUCAAGAGGGACGGCGAGGGGACGAGGGCUUUGAGGGGCCGGACGAGUUUGAUGAGGCGUGCACUGUCCGGCUGUCGAUGGCGGACGCGUCGGAGCCUCCGACAGCGCGCGUGUCCACUCUUGACGACGGCGCGCCGGGCCCCGCGGCGGCCGCGGGGCGGGGCCCCGGGGGCGGGGCGGGGCCUGGGGAGGUGCGGCAGCGGACGCCGGACAGCGCCACCGGGCUGCUGGCGCCGGCGCCGCAGUACAGCGAGGCCGAGGCGGGCGCCGAGGGCGGCGUCGGGCGGCUGCGGCGCUGGGGGCGCGAGGCGCUGGGGCUCGUGCGGCGCGGUGGGACCAGGCGGCACGACGAGUGGCGGCGCGCGCACGAGCGGCUGGUCACCGGGAUGGGUGUCGAGGUGAGGGUCCCUGGGGCGCUGCGGAGGGUGUCGCCUGGCUGGGGCGGCGGGGCGGGCGGGCAAUACGACAGCAGAGGCACCGCCGUGCGUGCGGGCGCUGCGGCCGCUUGCCGCAUCUCAGCGCACUCCACUGUCCCUUGA